UGUAGGCUACUCGUCAUCCGCUCAGGGGGGCUGUCGCGUCCAGGUAGGUCUUACAGGUACCGACCAGGCAUCGUCCCCGGUGCUACCAAACAUCCUAAACCCUUUCCUCUCGGGACAGCUGAGAUGCACCGUUAACGUUUCGGCGGGACUUCCUUUCGGACUCUGAGAUGAACUUAAAGUGGACAGUGAAACGAUUUCUUCUUAUGUCGUUUUCAGUCUCCCACUUGCUGUUACUUGAGGGAGCUCAGAGCCGACUUUCAGUGGCGGAAGGAAGACUACAGAGAAGGGCUAAUGCACUUCGGAGGAAACGGGAUCUCCUCGGGGAGGAGACAUACAGACCAUUGCUGUCGGAAGGUGCUCUGUCACGCAGCAUUUUGCACAACUACACAGCCAGAGAUGCCUCUUCAGAAUAUUGCGGAUGCCUCAAUGGAGGCUGGUGUCAGGAGGGCGGUGUGUGUGACUGUGCUCAGUUCCAGGCACUGGGAGACCGCUGCCAGAUCAUACCUAACCAGGGCCAGGAUAGAGACGGGAUCUGCAGGUCAUGGGGUCAGCACCACUACGAAACAUUCGAUGGAAUCUACUUCUACUUCCCAGGAACCUGCUCUUACAUUCUGGCCCAGGACUGCCAUUCAGCAACACCACAGUACACAGUGUGGGUUCACAACAGUAGAGUGUGUGAUGGAAGUGUGUAUUCAUGUCCAAGAGCCCUCAGCCUGUUCUUCCCAAACGAGGAGGAGAUCCACAUCUCUGGAUAUCGGGUUCACCAGGGAGGUCGCAGGCUAAGUUUGCCCCAGACUGUGGGCAGUGUGUUUAUUGAGAGACUGGCCGAUUACCUGCUUGUGAAGAGUGUCUUUGGCUUCUCUCUGGCCUGGGAUGGAGGCUCGGGUGUUUACCUGAAGAUGAGCGAGGAGCACCAGGGUGCCCCAUGUGGGCUGUGUGGGAACUUCAACCACAUUGCUGGAGAUGACCUCACCACCGCUCGCGGCAUUCGGACAGAUGAACCUGCAGUGUUUGCUAACAGCUGGGCAGUAGACCUGCCUCAUGAGAGAGCCUGUCACUCAGUAGAUCUUGACUUCAAUGGGCCCUGCCACUCUGAGUCAGAUAUGGAUGAUGCCAUAGAGAAAUGCAGUGCGCUUCUCUUCUUCCCAUUUCUGUCAUGUCAUGAAAAUAUCGAUCCAAAUCCCUUUGUUGCCAGCUGUGUCUCUGACCUCUGUGUCUCUGAUGAUGAGGAAACGUUUUGUCGAGCCUUGGUUGAGUACACUCGAGCCUGCUCACAUGUUGGAUAUCCAGUAAGAGAGUGGAGAGACAGCUUCCCUUCUUGUAAUGACGGCUGUGAGGAGAGUUUUGUGUACAGAGACUGUAUCAGUUGCUGUCCGCCCACCUGUACAUUUGAGAAAGAGUGUCUGGGAACCAACCUGCAUUGCCUGGAUGGCUGCUAUUGCCCCGAUGGUCUUAUCCUGCAGAACGGGACUUGUAUCGCUGUUUCUCAGUGCCCCUGUGUUUAUCAUGGAACAUCAUACGUACAAGGACACGUGCUUCAACAGGGCUGCAGUAUUUGUGUGUGCAUGGGAGGAGUGUGGAACUGCACUGAGAAUAACUGCACAGCGGAGUGUUCGGUGGUUGGAGAUGUGUUUGUAACAACAUUUGACGGCAGGAUGUUUCUCCAGCCGGGAGCUUGUCAGUACGUCCUGGCAAAGAGCCGCAGCAGCAGCAGAUUCACCGUAACUCUGCAGUAUACCACCUGUGCUGAGCAGCAGGUGUGUAUACAGUCAGUGACAGUAGUUUUGGAUGAAGACGUGAGUCGUCAGAUCACUUUGACAAGAGAGGGGGAGGUGAUACUUGGUGUCAACCCAGCUCCUGCUCUGCCUUAUGUGGAUGAUACAGUCGAAGUGCGGAAGCUGACCUCUGUGUUUACGCAGCUGAGGUCAGGGAUUGGUUUAAGGCUGCAUUAUGAUGGUCGAGGUGGUCGAGUUUAUGUGCAGCUGGACAGCCACUGGCGCGGACAGACGCUGGGCCUGUGUGGGACCUUCAAUGGAAAUCUACGAGAUGAUUUCCUGUCUCCAGCAGGUAUGAUAGAGGGCACUCCUCAGCUUCAUGCCAAUGCUUGGAAGGUGUCGUCCGCUUGUGUUGCUCCGGUUAACUUGCCCAUAAUAGACCCCUGUGAGAUGAACCAGCACAAUGUAUUCUACGCAUCCCAUUGUGAGGUACUUCUAGGGAGCGUGUUUGCUCCUUGUCACGGCUACAUCAGUCCAAAUAUCUACCAGCAGCAGUGCCGCUAUCAGGCCUGUCGCUGUGGGAGCAGCUGUCUUUGCACUGCGCUGGCUCACUACACUUAUCUCUGCUCCAAACAUGGAGUGGACAUUCAUUUCAGAUCACAAGUCUCUGAGUGUGGAGUGGUGUGUCUUGGAGGUAUGCUGUACCACUCAUGCGUGUCGUCCUGUGGCCGGUCCUGUCGUGCGUUGUCUAGCACUGAGACAUGUAACCCCGAUGACUGCGCCGAGGGGUGUGGCUGUCCAGAUGGAAGUUACUAUGAUGAUGUGCGUCAGCGCUGUGUGCAGCUGUCCCAGUGUCACUGUUACUCUAUGGGUGGUGUGUCACAGCCAGGGGAGGUGACCUUCAGCGCCUCCGGUCCCUGCCUCUGCAGAAAUGGGAAGAUGGAGUGUGUGCCAGAGGAAAAAGAGCCGGAUAGUGUAGAGGUCGGGGAGUGUCCAGAGGGGAAAGUGUACCACAGCUGCACUGAGCAGAGAGGAGGAGUGGCCUGUGCACCAACCUGCCGUAACCUGAUGUUGAACCUUACCUGCCCACCCAACACACCGUGCAUCCCUGGCUGUGUCUGCCCUCCUGGGCUGGUGCUGCACCAGGGCGAGUGCUACUAUCCAGAGAAUUGUCCUUGUGCCUGGCUGGGACUUGAAUACCUGCCUGGACAAACUGUGGAAACAUCAUGCUACAAGUGUGUGUGUCACCGUGGCUAUUUUAACUGCAGCUACUCUCCAUGUCCAGCUGUGUGUACCGUUUACAGCGACAGACACUACCACACCUUUGAUGGCCUUGAGUAUGACUAUCACUCUGACUGUCAGGUCUACCUGCUUAAAAGUGCAGGAGAGCCCGAGGUAUCCAUUGUUGCCCAAAACAAAGACUGCUAUGAGAGCGGCAUUGUGUGCAUGAAAAUACUGGUCAUUCACGUGGGACUUACUAAGAUCUACUUCACUGACAACUCUGGCAACCCUAGCCCUUCCACUGUUGUGGGUCGAGGGUCAGAGUUUGAGCUGUGGAAAGCAGGCUACUACACCGUGGUUCACUUCUCCAGUCAGGAUCUGACUAUCCUCUGGGACCGCAAGACAACUGUGCACAUCCGAGCUGGGCCUCAGUGGAAGGGCCUUCUCAGUGGGCUUUGUGGAAAUUUUGACAGCGUGACAGUGAAUGAUAUGACCACGUCCAGCCACAUGGAAGUCAAUAAUGCACAGACCUUUGGAGAUAGCUGGGCCCUGGGACAGUGCGAAAGUGACUAUCUAGUUGAGCGACCGUGUGAAGGGGACUUAGGAAGACAGCCAUACGCCAAAAGGGAGUGUGCUCUCCUCUACAGUGAUGUCUUUGCACCUUGUCACAAUGUGGUUGAUGUGGCCUGGUUCUAUAGGAACUGCCUGACAGACACUUGCAACUGUAACCGUGGGGGAGACUGCGAGUGUCUCUGUACGUCCAUCGCUGCGUAUGCACACAAAUGCUGUCAACAGGGGGUCACAAUUCACUGGAGAUCCCCCUCUGUCUGCCCCUACGAUUGUGAAUAUUAUAAUCAAGAGCUCGGUGAUGGCCCAUUUUCCUUGGUGAGUGCUGCCUAUAAUGACACCAUGUUUGGAGUGAAUCGCACCAGCAGCUCAGUGUUUCCUCUAGUACGAGAGAGACCAGGGCAGUUGCCUCCUCCAGGCCUACUGUUCAACUUCAUGAUCACUGCAGGGCUGCAAAAAGACAGGGCGUCACGUGUUCCUGUGGUGUCUCUGGAGUCUGCGGAGAGACCAAAUUAUUUCCUCGUCGUGUCUGGGCGUAGCCGUCUUCAGUUGGAGCAUUGGAGUCGAGGGGCGGAGUUUAGCCGCAGGGCAACCUUCAUCCAGCACCAGGGGCUGUUUCUGCCAGGUCACACCUCCUUCGAGCUUGUCGGCCAACCUGGAAUCUUUCUGACAUUGACACGCACUGCUGCACGAGCCCAGAGAUAUGACACCUCAGAGGGCUUCAAAGCCAGCAGCAGCUUCUCACUGGAGGAGAGCACUUUUGUCAUACCUUACCGCAUGAUGUGUGAGUGGCGGUACCAGCCCUGUGCAAGCCCCUGUGUCCAUACAUGUAGUGACCCCGAUGCUACACGCUGCCAAUUCCUGCCCCCCGUGGAGGGCUGCUUCCCACGUUGUCCCAAGAACAUGGUCCUGGAUGAAGUCACUAGAAGAUGUGUUUACACAGAGGACUGUGUGUCUCUUCCUCCAACUCCAACACCCUUUGCAUAUGUGACACGGUCCAACAGAACUACAACACCACCCACUACAACAACAACAACAACGACUACAACCUCUACAACCACUACUACAAGGCCAACAACUACAACCACUACCACCACCACCACAACCACCACCACUAGAGCAACAACUACCUCGUCCACUACUGUCAGGCCCACAACAACUGUAGCCACCACCACUGCUCCCACUACUCCCAGUACAACGUUAGCCACUGAGCGUGUUACCACUCUGCUCAUAACAACUCCAUCCACGACCCCUCCUGCUCCUCCCACCACUACUGUUUCUACUACUGUCCCUCCCUCAACACCACCAGAGCCAACCAGUCUCAGCAGAACAGAAAUUACCCCCCCUCCAACCACGGUACCCACUACAACGACCACCUCAGCAACACCUUCCACUCUACCCACUGAGCCCACUACAGUCCCUUCCACUUCCUCUCCUCCGCCUCCUCCAACUCUUGCUCCCACCACCUCACCUUCAACUCCAACCCCUACCACUGUUACCACCCCAUCCCCAGUAACUUCCACCCCACCUCCUCUAACGUCCCCCACCAUACUGCCACCACCCACUACAGUCGUCACAACUGCCCCCACCACUUCUACACCUGAGACCACCACAACAACUCCUCAACCUACACCAGCAGUUACGACCGUAGAGACCACCACCCCAACGGACGCUUCAACGGCAGCUGAGACAACAGCAGCACCCCUUCCAACGACCGUCGAACCCGCUACUGAGCCCGUAACUACAGAAAUAGUCACAAGCCCGGUCACCUCUGCCAUAACAGAGGAAGCAUCAACCACACAUCCUUUCCUCUUGCCCACUACUCCCUGCACACCCCCGUACUCCUAUCGUAUUGAUGAAUGUGCUGAGCUGAUAUGUUUCAAUGGAGAGCUGCUGCUCCACAACUCAUCUCUCCACUGUCGCUACAACACCACCCCACCGCAGUGCAGUCUGCUCGGCCUGCCGAUCCUCGUCAACACAGACCCCUGCUGUCCACAGUGGCAGUGCCCAUGUCGCUGCACUGUCAUGUCAGACUUGCGUAUGAUCACAUUCGAUGGUAACAACGUGGCCUUGUAUGACAACGGUUCCUACAUCUUGGUUAACCUCCCCAGAGAGACUAUUAUUGGCACUGUAGAGAAAUGUCCAACUAGUCAGAGUGUAAACUCCAUUAGGCGAACUAGUCCUACAGGUGGAACAUCUGGCCUUUGUUUUAAGAAGCUGAAUAUUACUACCUCCUCCUACAGAAUCAUUAUCAACCGACUUGAUCGCAAGGUGACAGUAAACUACAGACCGGCUAGACUUCCAUUUUCACGUCACUCGCUUUAUGUGGAAGACACAGGCAGCAUGUAUCUGAUCCACACACCUGGCGGGAUCAGCAUACAGUGGUAUCAUAGCACGGGCAUCAUGGUGCUGCAGUAUAUUGCUCCCAAUAAUACAUCUGUGCCCACUCGAGGCCUGUGUGGUUGCUGUGAUGGGAAUCCAGAAGAUGACCUGAAGCUGCCCAAUGGCACUGUGGUCAGAGAGGUGGGAGACAUGAUGCUCUUCCUGCAGGCGUGGAGGGUCCACACGACUGAUGAGACCGAACACAUGCGCAGGGUUGGAGACAACUGCACCACCGGGGACUGCUCCACCUGUCUGUCUAUGCUCCGCCAAAGAGCUUUCACACCAUGCCACAGCAAGGUGCCUCCGGAGCAGUUCUGCGACAUCAUGUGGGCCGGGGAUCUGCACUACAAAGAUCACCAAUGUGACUUUCUGGCUGCCUACGUGGCGGUCUGCUACACACAUCAAGUCUGCAUCAGCUGGAGACGACACAACUUCUGCCCUUUGCGAUGUCCCCCUGGAAAGGAGUACCAGCCAUGCGUGAGCACCUGCACCAGCCGCACCUGUCUGAACAGAGAGUACUAUGAGGAGACCACCUGCUCCUUCAUCAGGGAGGAAUGUGUGUGUCGCAGUGGAACCAUCCUGCACCGUGCAGACUCCCCGUACUGUGUAACUGAGGACCGCUGCGUGUGUACGGAUAAUGACGGUAACCCCCGUUCGCCGGGAGAGGUGUGGAAUGGCUCUGCUCGAGGCUGCUGUUUGUACAAGUGCAUGGAGAAUGGCUCUGUGGUGGCUGUUGAACCAGACUGCAACUCUGUCCCUACACCACUGUGUGAGAGAGAAGGAGAGUAUGUGCUGGAUGUGCUGGAAGAAGGAGCCUGCUGCCCAAAGAAAAUCUGCGAGUGCAACAUGACUAUUUGUGACAGUGACGCUCCCCCUUGUGAUAAUGGGAACAGGCUGGUGAUUGGCUACAGCACCAUGUCCUGCUGCCCAGAGUACCGAUGUGAGUGUGACCCCAUGGCAUGCCCUCCCAUCUCUGCUCCCGACUGCAGGGAAGAUCAGUUCCUUGUUGAAGUCAGGGGACAAAAAUCCUGCUGCUACUCUUAUCUGUGUGUCUGUGAGUCAUGUAUUGAGCCCAUUCCAACUUGCUCGCAUGGAGAAAUUUUGGCCGUGGAUCUAAACACCACCAACAGCUGUUGUCCGCAGUACCACUGUGUGUGCGACGCCAAUCUGUGCCCCGAAUCAUCUGUGAGCUGUGCACCUGGUCUGUCUUUGGUUCAAACUUCUGUCCCCGGGCAUUGCUGUCCUCAGCAUCACUGUGAAUGCCAAUGUGAGGACAGCUCUCUCCCCAUCUGUCAGGUGGGGGAGGUGCUGGUUGAGCUUCCGGACAGCAGUACCAACUGUGGCUGUCCUCAGCAUGCAUGCCAGAAGGCAGAGGUGUGUCUUUUCCAAGGUGUGACAGUGCUGGGCCCGGGCCAGUCUCUGGUUCAGUACUUUGAAGGAGAACUGUGCUACACUGUCCAAUGCCUGCAUCACAAAGAUCCAGACUCUGGCUUCUAUGCAAUGGAAAUCACGUCUGUAAACUGCUCCCAGAAAUGUGGACCACACCAGGUUUAUGUAUCUUCCACGGACCCUCAGGUGUGCUGCGGCUCCUGUAAAAAUAUCUCCUGCACUUUCACCAAUGAAAACGGGACAACAGAGCUUUUCACCGCAGGGAGUUCCUGGGUGGAGAACUGCACACGUUAUGACUGUAUGGAAACAGCGGUGGGAGCGGUGAUACUUGCCUCUGGGGUGGUUUGCCCACCUUUCAAUGAUACAGAAUGCAUUCAGAAUGGUGGUGUGGUUCAGAGCUAUGUGGACGGUUGCUGCAGGACAUGUAAAGAGGAUGGCAAGACAUGUAAGCGUGUGGCCAUUCGGACUACCAUUAGAAAGGAUGACUGCAGGAGCAAUGCACCGGUCACGGUGUAUUCUUGCGAUGGCAAAUGUCCAUCUGCCACCAUAUUCAACUUCAACAUCAACAGUCAUGCCAGGUUCUGUAAGUGCUGCCGUGAGAGUGGACUACAAACCCGCUCCAUCACACUGUACUGCUCUCGCAAUGCCACAGUCGUGGAGUACAACUUCCAAGAGCCUCUGGACUGUUCCUGCCAAUGGAAUUAAUAACAGGGUCCAGGUGGAAAUAGGAAUGAGAGCAGGACAAAUGAAGAGAAUGUAUAAAUAACAGGGUGGGAUGGGGGGACAUCAGAAUUUUAAUGUGCUAAUAGACAAGCGUGAAAACCUGAGAUGUUUCAUUUUGUCUUAAUAGUACACUUUACAACACUGACCCUGAGUCAUAGUUGUAACUAAAUAUACUGAACAUAACUUAUGUAAGCGGGAGAUUGUUUUGAAGUAGUUUUGUCUGCACUUUAGUCUGUAUUGUCUUUAAGACCUGCUGUGCCAACCCAGUUAGCUUUCUGGCGCUUCCAACUGAUGGUACCAUUAGCCUUUUAUCGUACUGUAACAAUUAAUAUCAUGUUGAAACAGCAGCUAUUGCAUUUUGAUGUAUCUGUUGUGUUCCAACAUUGUAUGUGCAUUCUGGUUUGUCUUAGGAGAUACAUUUAGCCUUUGUAUUUUGUUUCCUUAGAAAAGUCGAAUUGCUUUGUAAUAUUUGAUGUGUGCCCUCUGUAGUUUUUUUUGUUGUUGUUGUAGUUUAAUAAAAGAUUUAACAGUG